AUGAAACGAUUACCCACAAAGUUUUGUGUGGAAUUGAUCCCAUUUGCUAUAGCAGAAAUUCAUCUCAUUAUUCACAAGGUAUCAGGAUCAGAGUUGAAGAAAUUAUUCACAAGGAAACAUGAGGGUCCAAUUGUACACAUGGGCCAUUCACAUGCAAGUGCUUCAAGCAUAUGGACUAAAUUCCUUCAACUAAAAGAGGAUGAGAAAUUGCAUCACAUGAAGAAAAUGAUGCAAGAUCAAGAAGAAGAUGACGUUGAAGAAGAAGUAAAGCAAAAGACAAGUUGGUCUUGGAGGAAGCUAUUGGAAUCUGUAUUUGGAGAUGAAAUAGAAAAUAUGAAAAAGGACAAUGUUGCACAUAAAUCCCCUCGCUCUUGCAACCUCUAUGACAGAAAACCAGAUUUCAAAAACAGUUAUGGUUGGAGUGUUGCUCUGGACGGUUCUGAUUAUUCACCACUUAAAAGUUCCGGCGUUGGAAUUUAUCACGUCAAUCUCAAACCGGGAUCCAUGAUGACACCCCAUGUAAAUCCAAGGGCAACAGAGUAUGGCAUAGUGAUAAGAGGUUCUGGUAGAAUUCAAAUAGUGUUUCCAAAUGGAACCAAUGCAAUGGACACACAUAUUAAACAAGGAGAUGUUUUCUUUGUACCAAGAUACUUCGCAUUUUGCCAAAUAGCAUCAAGCAAUGAACCACUUGAUUUCUUUGGGUUCACAACUUCAGCUCAGAAGAACAAGCCACAGUUUUUGAUCGGUGCCACAUCACUUAUGAAGAGCAUGAUGGGACCUGAGCUUGCUGCUGCUUUUGGAGUGAGUGAGGAUGCAAUGCAAAACAUCCUUAAUGCGCAACAUGAGUCUGUUAUACUACCCGCAGAACAAAAUAAUGAAAAGAAUUUAGAGCAUUCCGAAAUGAUUCCAAAGAUUGUCAAAAUCAUGACAUGAUGAUUAUGGAGAUUGAAUAAGAUGGUGUUGAAGUUAUAAGAGGGACUAGA